GUGAGUGGCGGCCGGAGCUUCCGGAACCGGGGAGGCGUACCUGCGCGUCAGCUGUUGGAGAGAGGACCUUUGGUUUUGGGAAACAGAACUGCCCUGUCCUAACCAUGGACCCUGAGGUGUCCCUGCUGCUACAGUGCCCCCCUGGCGGGUUGCCCGAGGAGCAAGUACGGGCUGAGCUGAGUCCAGCCUAUGACCGUCGCCCACUGCCAGGAGGGGACAAGGCCAUCACUGCCAUCUGGGAGAGCCGGCUUCGGGCCCAGCCCUGGCUCUUUGAUGCCCCCAAGUUCCGCCUACACUCCGCCACCCUGGUGCCCACUGGCUCACCAGGGCCACAGCUGCUCCUGCACCUGGGCCUUACAUCUUAUCGAGACUUCCUGGGCACCAACUGGGCCAGCUCAGCUGCCUGGCUGCGACAGCAGGGGGCCACCGACUGGGGUGACAAGCAAGCCUACCUGGCGGACCCCCUGGGGGUGGGGGCUGCCCUGGCCACCGCUGAUGGCUUCCUUGUCUUUCUGCGCCGCUCUGGGCAGGUGGCUGAGGCACCUGGGCUGGUGGACGUGCCUGGUGGGCACCCUGAACCUAAGGCCCUGUGCCCAGGUGACAGCCCCCUGCACAAGGACCUCCCUGGGGAGCUGGUGGCACAUGAGCUCUUCUCCAGUGUCCUCCAGGAGAUCUGUGAUGAGGUGAACCUGCCGCUGCUCACCCUGAGCCGGCCGCUGCUAUUGGGCAUCGCCCGCAAUGAGACCAGUGCCGGCCGUGCCAGUGCCGAGUUCUACGUCCAGUGCAGCCUGUCUUCUGAGCAGGUGAGGAAGCACUACAUGAGUGGGGGACCUGAGGCCCACGAAUCCACGGGAAUUAUCUUUGUGGAGACACAGGUUCGAAGUGGCAAAGUGUGUCUUCUUUGGACAAAGAGCUGGGCUCAGGGCUUACAGAAGCCUGGUGAUGCAUGUCUGUCUCCCAGGGCUGGGUCAGAGAGGGCUCCUGAAUCUCUCAGGGCUUCCCUCCGGAGCCACAAGGCCCCACUAGGAUUCCCCCAGCCCAAGGAGAGAGGCCACUAACCUGUUCAGCCCCCUCGACAUGUCUCCUUAGAGGGCUCCGAGGCUCAGAAUCUGUGGGCACAGCUCCCGCAAGAAACCUGAGGUCCGGAUGUCUGGGUCUCACUGUCUCCCCACAGAAGGUGCGGAGGUUGCAGGAGACUGAAAUGUGGUCCCAGCUCUGCCCAUCGGCCAAAGGCGCCAUCUUCCUCUACAGUCGGGUCCAGGGAAACUCCACCUGAGUUGCCCUGAGUCCCCAGCCCUGUCACCACCGCUCGGAAGACAAUAAAGGACUUUAUUCUUGGA